UUGUUCUUGUUGUUGUUAGGUGCUGUCAACAACGUGUUCAGCCUGACCCUCAGAUGGACGCAGAGAGAAGAGUCUCAAAGCAAUGAUGCUCACCACCUGCAGGACCUACAGGGGAGCCUGCCACUGAGUGAAAGUGACUGCCACAUGGAUACCUGCAGAGUGCCCGAAGUACCCAGGAUGAUCUACCCCAAAGCCCAGCUCCUCAAGCCCACGAGGACGGACGUGCUGGUCACCACUCCCUGGCUUGCCCCCAUCAUCUGGGACGGGACCUUUGACUCUGCCAUCCUGGACAUGCAGUUCAGAAACACCACCAUCGGGCUGACUGUGUUUGCCAUCAAAAAAUACGUGGUCUUCCUGAAGCUGUUCCUGGAGACUGCAGAGAAGUACUUCAUGGUGGGACACAAGGUCAUCUACUACAUCUUCACUGACCGACCAGCUGACAUUCCGCAUGUCCCCCUCCAGGAAGGCCGGCAGGUGGUGGUCCUCAAGGUCCGCAACUAUACCCGCUGGCAGGACGUGUGCCUGCACCGCAUGGAGAUGAUCAGCAACUUCUCCGAACAGCGCUUCCUGCAUGAGGUGGACUACCUGGUGUGUUUAGAUGUGGACAUGAAGUUCAGUGACCACGUGGGCGUGGAGAUCCUCUCCUCCUUGUUCGGCACUCUCCACCCUGGCUUCUUUGCUGCCGAUCGCCAGGCCUUCACGUAUGAACGCCGCCCAUUGUCUCAGGCCUACAUUCCAAGAGAUGAAGGUGAUUUCUACUAUAUCGGCGCCUUUUUCGGGGGCUCAGUGCUAGAGGUGCACAGGCUCACCAAGGCCUGUCACCAGGCAAUGAUGGUGGACAAAGCGAAUCACAUUGAGGCCGUGUGGCAUGACGAGAGCCACCUGAACAAGUACCUGCUGUACCACAAGCCCACCAAGGUGCUCUCCCCCGAGUACCUGUGGGAUGAGAGGAUGCUGCGUAGACCACCUUUCGUCAGAAAACUUAGAUACGUGGCCGUGCCCAAGAACCACCAAGCCAUCCGGAACUGA